AUGGCAUACAACAACAAUCCGCGAUACGCUUCUUCAAAUCCAAACAACCAACGAUAUUUCCCCGCCGGUUAUCCAUCCCCACAACAACUGCAGACACAACAGUUCAGUCAUAAUGCCACGCCCUCUUUCAACGCUGUAGCUCCCAUUAACAGUUAUACCAGUCCGCGUAUGGACCCCGCAAGAUCCUCAUACUAUCCCGCAUCACACGCCCAACAAUCAACACAACAAACUCCACAACACAGUCUGUCGUGGCAAAAGAGCUCUUGGGAUCAUUCAAAUGUAUUGCAUCAAAACAUUUACAGCAACACUGGAACCUCCACCAGCGCUGCUUCCAGUGGAUUCGCUCCUGCUCCUAACAACGGUUUGUUCACAUCAACCCAACAACAACAGCAUAGGCGAUUGCAACCAUCAUCGCACAUGCAACAACAGUCUUUGAACACUCAAUCCAUGUAUGGAGGUGGGCAUCAGUCAUCACUCG